GAAGACUUUUUAUAAAAAAUGGCAGCCUCUAUGUCAUAAGCUUUUCUUUUAUAAUGAAAAGUUAUUAUUAGGUUUUAAAAACGAUUUAUCAUGUGCUUUUAUUUAAAACAAAUUUUAAAUCGUUUUUUUAUUAGGACAAAUAUUCGUACAUGUUGUUGAUUAAUAUGAUAAUUGCAGUUUUAUGGGCAUAGUCUUGGAUCAGAUGUUUCGAAGAGCACAGGAAGAGCAAACGGGUAGCUCGAGUAUAGCGUUACAAAUUGAUAAUAUGAGCGCUGGCACAGCGUCAUUAGAACGUGGAUUGGUGAGCACAAGAAGGUUGCUCUGGGGUGACAAUGUUAAAGAAGAUGUGUUCCGUAGAUGGGCGCAGGGCUUCCAGUUCAGUGAUGACGAGCCUAGCGCGUUGAUACAGCAAGAAGGAGGCCCAUGCGCUGCCAUCGCACCCGUUCAAGGCUUUUUACUGAAGAUAUUACUGUCAGAGACCCCAGGGCACAGUUUACAUGAUUUAACCUCUGAGAAAUGUAACUCUCUGCUAGUAAGAGCGGCAUGUAUGAUACUAAGCCAGUGUCUGGCUGCCAAAUACAAUGUGGCGGUGUACCGAAAGAGUGAUCCUGAUGCAGAAACAAGUACAAGUGUUGAUGCCAGUGUGGAGGAACAGUCUUGUGAUGCUAUUGAACAUUUCCACCAAAGAGUUGAGGUUCAUUCCUUUCAGACCUUGUCUGAAGUGGAGUCAUUUUACACAAGGAACAUUCGCAUUUUAAAGGAUAAAUAUGGUGUGCUACUAUUGUUAUAUAGUGUUAUUCUUAGCAAGGGAGUGGAAACUGUUGAAGCAGAGUUGUCGGAGCUGUCAGAUCCCUUGAUUCAUUCAACAUAUGGCUAUGGAUCACAGGGUCUUAUCAAUUUAAUGCUGACAGGUAGAGCAGUUGCACAUGUGUGGGACCAUGACCAGGUUGUGGGAGGCUUAAGGCUUAGAGGCAUUGAGAGACAGAAUGAUAUUGGUUUCCUUACUAUAAUGGAGCAUAUGCAAUAUUGUACAGUAGGAUCAUAUUAUAAAAAUCCCAAACAUCCAGUGUGGGUUCUAGCCUCUGAGACACAUUUGACAGUGUUGUUCUCCACCGAGAGACGCCUGGCAGCUCCAGAAACAGUUGGGGAAUCUGCUGAAAGAAUAUUCAGAUCUUUUGAUCCUGAAGGCAAUAAUUUUAUUCCAUCAGAAGCUCUGCAAGAUGUGUUGUGUGCAGCUGACCUGGUCAGUGAACCUGAGUAUGUGGAAUUAAUGAGGAAAAAACUUGAUGCAGAGAACUUAGGUAUAAUUUUAUUGAACGCAUUCAUGGAUGAAUUUUUCCCAGGGUGUGAACGUGGUGCUCCUGACACUUUUACACUUCAUCAUUACAAUGGGCUUCCCCGCAGUAACCCUGGGGGACAGGUUGUGUACCGUACGGGUCGAGCUGCCCUACUGGAGUGUCCCAUGAGAGCAGCCACAACUGAUCCCAUGUUGACUUGUCUACAGACUAAAUGGCCUAGCAUUGAUGUGGUGUGGGAUGAUGGACACACUCCUUCCCUAAAUUAGCACAAGAGGUUCAGAACUUAAAAGUGACAAAGUGAGAAGUCAUACAAUUAACAAUUUGUUGCUGAAUAUUCCAUUACUUUAUUGUAUUAUUUUAUUUUUUGUAUAGAAAAGAAAGAAUACAAGGGUCCUUGGUAAAGUUGGUUGUAGGCAGCUAUUUUUCAUAAAUUUGGGUUUGCAGUGAUUCUCAACUUGGAACUUUAAGUAGUAUUUUAUAAAUAUGUGAUUGAUGUGUCGAUGUACUUUAUUGUUUGAUUUAGUUUAUGUUUAUUACAUUAUACCAAACAGGUAUUUUAUUCAAGACAUCUUUAUUUAUUCGAGGAAUGGAGCUAAAAUAUUAUUUACUAUAUAGUGUAUUUGGGAUUAUUUUUAUUUGUGUUUUUGGACCUAUCUUGGCAUAGACUGGGUCAUUUCUGAUAAUUAUUAUUUCCUAUCCUGUUUUGCUUCAUUCCUGGAAUAUUGUAUCCUCCAUUUCAUGUAAACAUAAUAUAUUUGCCUCAUGAUCAAGAUUAACUCAAUAUUUAUCGAUUUGUUAACUUUUAAUUACAAUAAGAAAUUAAAAUCUUGGAUUGAAAUGAAUAAUUAUAGGUUAAUUAACAUUUAACUGUUACGAAAUAUGAAUUGCUUUUGUACAUCAUUUAAUUUUGUCUUUAUGUUAAUGUCUCUAAAGAUAGGGCACAUUGUUAUUCACAUGUUGACUAAUUGACAUCUGAAUGAACGGCUGUCUAGCCUAUAUAUGAAGUGUGCAGUUCCACAAUAUGACAGUAAACCAUUCAAUAAACCUAGUGAUAAGUAGAUAACACUGUGAAUAUAACAUUAGUUCGGACUUGUACAAGCUGUACAUCAGAUUCAUGUAAAAUAGCUGUGUGUUUGUCAUGUAAUAUAUAUUGUAAAACAUGUUCUGUUAUAUAAAUUAGUAGAACACGCUUUUUUUAUUAUUAA